AUUUCUCCGGGGCGAUCAGAUUUCACCGACGACGACGACGACGACGAAGGCUUAGUAGCCUUCUCUUUCAAUAGAAUUAACAAAAAGCUUAGAGCGUCAGGUAUAUUAUAGGCAGUAGAUAGAUAGAUAGAUAGAGAGAGAGUGCUCCUUUUCUCAUCUAGUAUUAGGGUUUUAACCAGGAGAGAAUAACCACUACUACACAAGAGAGGUGAAAAAAUGUCGGGUCUCCACCGAUCAUCUAGUUCAUCAAAGAAUAUAGGAAACUGCCUCCCCUCGAAGGAACUUCUUGACGAUCUUUGCAGUCGAUUUGUUUUGAAUGUCCCUGAAGAAGAUCAACAGUCAUUCGAGAGAAUUUUGUUUCUGGUGGAGUAUGCUUAUUGGUACUAUGAAGAUAAUGCUGUAGAAAAUGAUCCAACGCUUAAGUCGCUUUCCUUGAAGGAGUUUACUUCUCUCUUAUUUAACAGCUGUGAUGUGUUGAGACCUUAUGUUGCUAACAUUGAUGACAUUUUUAAAGACUUCACUUCUUACAAGUGUCGAGUUCCGGUCACUGGGGCAAUCAUCCUGGAUGAAACAUAUGAACGGUGUUUGUUGGUGAAGGGAUGGAAAGGGUCAAGUUGGAGCUUUCCCCGAGGGAAGAAGAGUAAGGAUGAAGAAGACUAUGCUUGUGCUAUACGUGAGGUCUUAGAGGAAACUGGAUUUGAUAUCUCAAAGCUACUCAAGAAAGAAGAAUAUAUUGAGUUUACAUUCAGGCAGCAAAGAGUGCGACUUUACAUAGUUGCUGGGGUGACUGAUGAUACAGCUUUUGCACCACAAACAAAGAAGGAAAUCAGUGAAAUUGCAUGGCAUCGGCUUGAUCAUCUUCAGCCAGCAAGUAAUGAGGUGAUAACUCAUGGAGUUGCUGGUCUCAAGUUGUAUAUGGUGGCACCUUUUCUUGCAUCAUUGAAGUCGUGGAUAUCAAAGCAUCCGGCGCCUGUAGCACGGAGACCUGACAAGCCCCUUAAAGCACUCUGCGUGUGGAAUGCAAGGGCUAGUGGUGGAGGAAACUGGACAGCACCAGCAGCAACACCAAUAGCAACAACAACAGCAACAACAGAAAGCUCCAAAAAAAAGCAUGAACCCGACCAUCCUCAGGACUCAAAACCUGUAAACAGUCUAAGAGGCUUCAAGUUCAACACGUCAGCAAUCUUUCAGUCCCUGUGAAAUUUAGUUUUCUCAGCUUAACUAGUCAGUCAUGUAUUAUGGGUGGGGAGCUAUAAUGCAAUAGCACUGGUGGGUUUGUGUAUAGCAAAACCGUUGGAUAUGUUAAUACGCUCGUACCUUUUUGAUUUGUUCGCUAUUUGGUUUAUGCCUCUCGUUUCUUUUAGAAAUAAAAGAUUGUUGUACA